AUGAGUACUAUCAUAACCAAAGCUCCUUCUUCCAAUAAUGAGACCAGUGAGUGUGACUCCUCUGAGGAAAGUGGUUGGACCAAGUACUUUGAGGAUUUCCUUAACAACCAUCAUUUUGAUGAUCACAAAUGUUGUUCUGUGUCUUUAUCCGGUGUUGAUAACUACUCCUCCACCUCCUUUGUCUCUGUUGCUAAGAAAAUGUCAACUGAUGAUGGCAGCACAAAUUCCAGUGUCAAGAAGAGAAAGAAGAUCAAAACUUCUUUGGUCGUUGAUGAUGCUUUGGAAGAUACUGCAAGUUCUCCUAUUAAAGGCUCUAAGGAAAAAGGAAAUAGCCCAGGAGAAAGAGAUGAAAGGCAAGAAGUGGGUUUUAACAGAAGGGACAAUGACCACACAGAGCUGAAGAAGAAAGGCCUUUGCCUAGUUCCUUUGAAGGUGAUAGUGAAAUAUAUAGGUUGA